CUGGGACUUUCACUUCUAAAGGACAAGACGAAAACAGACCCGAAGGUUGUAACUCGCGGCGGUGGGCCAGCGGCACCUAGUAUCGAGGCAACUACUCAUAUACUCCAUACCGCCGAACGGACACAACACAACGACCGCGGUAGCCAGCACCAACAACAGCAGGGUAAUAGUACAGGUAGUCAGAUGAGAAGUUUAGAUAGCAACAAACCUCCGACGAUUACAGUUAAAAGGCUCCAAGUAAAACGUGUGCUUCAAGUGGAGCACCUUGAUGGUCCUAAAGCAGACCGUGACCAUCCCAAUAAAAUGGAGUUCUGUCCAGAUCAGCCUGCUGUGCCUCUCAAGUACGCCCGUGCUCCAGAUGGAAAGAAGGUCGUCUCGUCCGGGCAUCCACCAAGAUUGGAGCAGCUUGAAGAUGUCAAAUACGUGAAUCCUUUACACAUAAAAAAACCUAUAGCACAAAAAGAAGAUACGCCCCCCUCUCGUUCUGUUACUUUGUUCUCCGAAAGGGUUUAUUCUCCAUUUACUUCACUUCCUGUUCAAGACGAGGAACAUAUUCACCAUGAUUCGGCGGUGAAGAGUCCUUGUGGCAAUGAGCAAGAGGUCGGUAUUCAUACAGAUGCUCCUUCAAGACUCCCCGUUGGCGACAUCCAAAUGAAGGAUGUCAGUGAUGAUAUCUACGAACCUCCUGUCCCACAGUUUAGUGGUUCCACACCCGUUCCAUCCAGUUCGAGAACGUCUAGCGAGCAGCAAGGAGGCAGUUCUGUGAUGCAAGAAGGUCACCAGACCAUCCAACAAGGAGUUGUUCAAUCGCAUCAUCAACUCGAAGGCCAGAGCAGCCUUAAGCAAAUACCGAAGGCAGAGCCAGAGCCAUUGCUAGGCCCUGAUUGGUUGAAAGCUCGAUACUCGGUUGCCAAUGAUUCAUGGCGCUCUUUUUGCAAUCCACAGCGCCAAAUUACAAUCGUUGGCGACAACAAAUAGAGAACCACUCUGGUUUUUUUUCAGUCGCGAUUGGAUUCAGCGGACACAAGUCCAUUCAUGUUUGGAAACCAGAUAAUUGACACAU